AUGGUAAAAACAAUAUGGACUGAACCUGAACCUCAGGAAACAUCUAUGGACAUAAACUCUGCAGCCGUUGCUGGUUCCAUCACCAAUGGUGGAGGAUUUCUCGCCUUGCAGAGAUUACUCUCUUCGAUGAAUAUUCACGCCAUGAAUAAAAAAACAUACGAGAAACAUGAAGCUCUAAUUUCUAAAGAUUGGGAGGAAACAGCAAUUGAAGAAAUGAGGAAGGCUGCUGAAGAAGAAAUUCGAUUAGCUAAAGAGCGAGGUGACGUAAACAAUGAAGGAGUGCCGUUGUUGACUGUUGUUGCUGACGGAAGCUGGGCCAAGAGAUCAUACAGGAGGAACUAUAACUCCCUAUCUGGAAUGGCAGCGAUAGUUGGAUACCACACAAGACAGGUUCUGUACUUUGGCGUGAAAAAUAAAUAUUGUGUAACCUGUACACGCAAGCCUGGAGACACACAUCACACGUGCUUCAAGAACUGGAAUGGUAGCUCAUCUAGCAUGGAAGCUGCUACCAUCGUAGAAGGCUUCUUGGCAAGUGGAGGAAUGUACAAUGUGCAAUAUGCAAGGUAA